GAAGAGUUCUUCUGCUCAACCGUGGAGCGCAUACGUUCUAAACAUAAUCAAGAGAUUCAUAUUAUGCCGCUCUGAGGUAUGUGUACAUACCCUUUCUCUAGCUAUAAGUUUAUACCAUUCGUAUAUAUAUUACCUAUGGAGCCUUUUAUUCAUCAUUGUUAUUCUUGAAUUAUAUUGAUAUUCCAUACUCCGUAUUGCUUUAGAGGUGAAAGAAUUAAAGAAUACAAACAUCUUCGAAUAGGACUAAAACUACGACAACAACUCAAAAUAUGACUUACUAUGUUUUUCUUUUCAAAAUAAGAUUAUAUUAGUCCUAUUGGAAACAUACAUAUUUUUUCAUUCCAUUCUUACCCUUCCUUUAAAUAUGAGUUAAUUAAAUGUUUAUUCAUAAUAAAUUAGAAAAAAUUCAAAAAUUCGUAGAAGAAUAAUUAAAAAAUUUAUAAAAUAUUUACAAAAUAAAAAAUAUUUUUUUCUAAUUUUUUUAUUUUUUUUGAAAACUAAUAAAAAAUAGUAAAACACCAUUAAAAAAAUUAAAAAAAUAUGGAUGCCUUUCCCGCCGCCUGUACUACCUCCCUGCACCACCAUCUCCGCCCGGUGAAAAAAUGCCAUUUUUUCUAAAAAUUGUCAUUUUUUUUUUCUGAAAAUGACAAAAAUAUGGCAUAUUUCUCUUUGAGAAUGCCAACAUUUUCAUUGUUUUUUGCCAUAAAUAUGGAAUUCGUAAUGAACUUGUCAUUUUUCCCCCUGGUGACCGGAGGUGGUGGUGCAGAGGCAGCAGAGGCGGCGGUGAAUUUUAUUUAUUUUUUUUGAGUUUUUUUAAUUUUUUUUUUUGAAAAAAAAUUAAAAAAAUAAAUCAUUAUUAUCGAAAUAUUUUUAUUAAUUUUUAGUAUUUUUACGAAUUAUUAUUAGUUUUUAUUAUUUUAUUAUGAAUUAAAACAUUUCAAUAGCUAUUUGUCCAAGACACACAUAAUUAGGCCUAUGAAAACAUAGUUUAUUUUUUGGUCCUAUUGGUACAAAGUGAGUGACUUUUAAUUCUAUUUUGAUAAUUAACCCAUUAAAGAAUUGAACCAAACUUAAGUACAUAAUAAUGUUUUAAUUUACGAGCAACAACUUUGGAUGGGUAAAAUGAAAAUACCACAAGUUUAAAUCUUGAUAAUGGCUUUGCAGUUAUAUUUCUACUUAAUGCCAGUUGUCAACUGCUUAAAAACGUGAACGAAAAAUAUGGAUAGUCGUGACAUUUUCAAAGUGGUUAAAAAUUUAAAAUCGCAAAGUGUUUAUGUCUCCUAGUCUAAAUUAUGAAUGAAACGUGUUUUCUAAAUUUUCAAAGCAAAGUUAUUACUCUCUCCGUCCCGAAAAUGUACGCCAUAUUGAAUUUUUUAGAUCAAUGAUGACAAACUUUGGACAAUGAUUUUAACUAUUAUAUUUGUAUAUAAUUUAUAAAUUUUAUAACUUUUUGAAAACAUUUUGAAUAAGAAACAUUUGGAUAUAAUUUUCAUAUUCAAAAUAUUUUCGUAUUAAAAAAUAUGGUCAAAGUAAUUCUAAAGUUGGUGUCCAUUUUUAGUGUUUUCAUAGUUUUUUUUUUUGGAAUUAGUGUUUCAUAGUUAGCACUUAGCACAUUGCGCAUGUAAUUUUCCACUCAUUUAGCUUCAAUUCAUGAUCCCGUUUCACUCAUUACCAUGUAUGCAAUCGCAUGUAAUUUUACAAUCGGACACUUCUCUAAUUUUUGAAACGGCUCAUUUCACAUAUGAAGAUGGUUUGACUAUGGGAAUGUUUGGUAAAUGAGAUUUAGAAAAAUGACGAUUUAACCAAUUUUAACGUUUUCAAUAGUGAAAAAGCUAUUUGGUGAAUAGACGUUCUGUACUAGCGUUUUUGGAUGGAAACAUUGUAAUGGGAACGUUGAAAAUAUGAGACUUUUGGGUCAGCUUUUUGAAAUAUCAAACAUCUACUAAUUUUACUAAUUUUCUACUAAUUUUAUGACCAAACAUCUAAAUUAUCAAACAUCUAAAUUACCAAACAUUUUCCACUAGUCAAACCCGCUGACUGAAUCUGCUAUUCACAACCUACUAACAUAAUCCGCUAAAUGCCAAAUAUAAAUUUUCUUCUUUAGCUCAUUUAUUUUAUUAUAUUCAUUUUGAUUCUAAUGAUUGUUCCUUUCAAGCUAAGUAUAAUGCAUACAUUCUCACAUUAUGAGACCGAUUCUAUUGAAAUUGAUUAAAUUUUGGCUAAAAUGGCUGAAUGUGCUGAAUUAUAAAAAACAUGUUUAAAAUAUCUUUUAUUAAUAGAAUAAAGAAAAAUAUUACUACCUCCGUCCCACUAACAUUGGGACGGAAGAAGGUGACACAGUUAUUAAGAAAAGUGGGUUUAUGUGGUUGAUGUUGAAUUGAUAAAGUAAUAAUGAUUAUGAGUCACACAAACUUUACCAAAUAUGGUAUGAGACAAUCUUAGUGGGAUUUCCCGAAAAAGUAAAAUGAGACAAUCUUAACGGGACAGAUGAAGUAUAUAAAAAAACUUCUAAAAUGAUCAUUUACAAUAACUUCGACCAAUUAAAUUUAAAACAACUUCAAACUUAAAUAUUUUGAUUAUUACAACUUCAAAAUAUCUUUUAUUAGUAGAUUAUUUUAAGUCAGGUAAUUAUUCCCAUAAAUUUGUAUUUGUAAAAAACAUAGAUCGAAAAUAACAUUUUAUAUAAAGUGCAGAAUAUGUGCAAAUUUGGAAUACUUAUCUUAGAACUCAUUGAAAUAUUGGGGUAUUUAAAUUAUUUUCUUUCUAAACACAACUAAAAUUGGCUUACAAUAGACCCAGUAAAUUUUGUUCUUCAUAUCAUUAACAUGAUAUCACCAUUCAUCAUCAUCAUUAAUGGAGUAUUUUUAUUGCCUGGUUAAAUUUACUUCAUCAGAUAAAUGGCAUCUAUGCGACCAUCGAUCUGGACACGGCGAGAGUAGGGCGAACCCAAGUCAUCAGUGCUACUGAUAGCAAGACUUCCGGCCCGAAAUGGAAUGAAAAUUUUGACAUCUAUUGUGCCCACAAAAUUUCCAACGUCAUUUUCACAGUCAAAUUCGACGACGCCGUCGAUGCAUCGCUCAUCGGCCGAGCCCACCUCCCGGUGGGGGAACUCUUGGACACAAAUGCGGCGGAGAAGGAGAUUGACAGGUCAAUCCCCAUACUCGAUAAAAACGGCCGUCGCAUCCCGGGCAAAGCUAUGAUCCACGUUAAAUUCCGGUUCUUCAGCGUGGAAAGAGAUGAGCACUGGUCUAAAGGGAUUCAAAUCCGACCCGAUUAUGACUUCCGGGGCGUACCCAACACCUAUUUUGCCCAGAGAGACAAUUGCAGAGUCACCCUUUACGCCGACGCCCAUGUCCCGCAUUACGAUGACGUCAAUUUCUCUGUUUUUACCCCUUUUCACAAUCGCCCGAUUCAAUGGGUUCAACCCGCCCCGAGGUGCUGGGAAGACAUUUCCCACGCCAUCGUUAACGCCAAACACUUUAUUUACAUAGCGGGUUGGUCCAUUUACGUCAAAAUCAGGCUGGUUAGACCCGACCCGGCCAGAUCUCAACUUCUCGCCGGCCAGGACAUGAUUCUCGGCGAUCUGCUGAAGAAGAAAGCCGCUGAAGGCGUUAGGGUUCUUCUCCUGGUUUGGGACGACAGAACAUCCAGCGAGUAUAUCCACAGAGUCGGUGUGAUGGCAACUCAUGACGAAGAUACCGCCAAAUUCUUCGCCAAUUCAGCUGUCCAAUGUGUUCUGUCCCCCCGGAAUGCCGAUGCCGGCAGCGAGCUUCUCCAGGACAUCGAGGCUACUACGAGGACAACGCUAUUCACUCACCAUCAGAAGACGGUGAUUGCAGAUUGCGAGCUUCAGGGCGGUUCUGCCGGGAAACGAUCGAUUGUGAGCUUCCUCGGCGGGAUCGAUCUCUGUGACGGCCGGUAUGACACCAGGGAGCAUUCUGUGUUCAAGAAAUUAGACAAGGAGGAUUUCCACCAGCCGAAUUUUCCCGGCGCGUCUUUCGCGAAAGGCGGGCCGAGGGAGCCAUGGCACGACAUCCAUUGCAGGCUGGAUGGGCAAGCUUCAUGGGAUGUCCUCUUCAAUUUUGAACAGAGAUGGAGGGCACACAAAGGCCGGACCGCCGUUUUCUCCAAGAAGGAACUCGAGGGUCGGAACAUUAUUGUACCAAAUGAUUUACCUGUGUCGGCUGAUCCAGAGAGGUGGAAGGUUCAGAUCUUCCGUUCUAUUGAUGGGAAUGAUGCGGCAGGUUUUCCGAGGGACCCGGAAACGGCAAAAAAAUGGGGGUUGGUAACGGGUAAAACCCAUAUUAUUGAUCGGAGCAUUCAGGAUGCGUACAUAAACGCCAUCCGCCGGGCCAAGAACUUCAUUUACAUCGAAAACCAGUACUUCCUGGGAAGCUCAUAUGGCUGGAAUGAUAGAUCAGGGAUCAAACUGGAUGACAUUGGCGCCAUUCACCUGAUCCCCAAGGAGCUCUCUUUGAAAAUUGUCAGCAAGAUUGCGGCGGGGGAGAGGUUCACCGUGUACGUCGUGAUCCCGAUGUGGCCGGAGGGAGAGCCGGGGAGCGAGUCAGUGCAGGCGAUUCUUGAUUGGCAGAGGAGGACGAUGGAGAUGAUGUAUGUGGAUAUAGCUAAUGCUUUAAAGACUGCCAACCUUUCUGCGGACCCGAGAGAAUACUUGACGUUCUUUUGCCUCGGGAAUCGCGAAGUCAAAGGCUCCGAUGAGAUUACACCUCGGGAAAAGCCCAGCCCCGGCUCCGAUUACGCCAGAGCUCAAGAAUCCCGGCGCUUCAUGAUAUAUGUGCACUCCAAAAUGAUGAUUGGUGA